AUGGCGUCGACGUCAGAUAUGCACGGGUCGUCCCCCGUUCCAACCUUACCCCAUCCUAACGACAACGGUCGCACGCAUAUGUCCUCUUUGUCCUCCUCGUCCUCCAUUUCCGACGCGGAAACGGAUCGCAGAGGCCGCCCGGAACGCCCUCGAAUGGCCAGUCGGAAACCGAGUGCCUCUAUACUAGUACCGCGAGACCACCCCGAGAUUGAAAUUGAGGAGGAAGAAUUUCCGCCCGACGACGCGAGAGCCAUGAGUCCCCGACGCAAUUCCGCGGAUUUGGAACGAUUGGGAAAGGAGGCCCGACAGACCUUGCAGGAGUAA